CUGCGGCAGUACAAGCCGUUCCGGCAAUUUCGAGCUACUUCUAUGGCGCAGCUUCGUGGCCCGCAUGACUCAACCCGCCAAUCGCAGGGCUUGCCUUAGAAUGCCAAGACCUGCUAGCCCCGCCUCCCAGCCCCAGCUGCGAGACAGCUUUAAAGAGCUCGCUCCGUCUGCCUUUGUUCUUCCUCCCUUCCUUUCAUCCACCUCCUCCUCCUCCCCUUCCACUUCAUCCUCCACCUCACACUCUACCGACAAAGCUUAAACACUACACAACACAACACUCCUAUCUCUAUACCCAUCAUGCAGAUUUUCGUCAAGACCCUCACUGGUAAGACUAUCACCCUCGAGGUGGAGUCGUCCGACACCAUCGACAACGUCAAGUCCAAGAUCCAGGACAAGGAGGGCAUUCCUCCGGAUCAGCAGCGUCUCAUCUUCGCUGGAAAGCAGCUGGAGGAUGGCCGCACCCUGUCCGAUUACAACAUCCAGAAGGAGAGUACCCUUCACUUGGUCCUCCGUCUGCGCGGUGGUAUGCAGAUCUUCGUGAAGACCCUGACCGGAAAGACUAUUACUCUUGAGGUCGAAUCUUCCGACACCAUCGACAACGUCAAGUCGAAAAUUCAGGACAAGGAGGGAAUCCCCCCAGAUCAGCAGCGUUUGAUCUUCGCUGGUAAGCAGCUCGAGGACGGCCGCACCCUCUCCGAUUACAACAUUCAGAAGGAGUCCACCCUCCAUCUCGUCCUCCGUCUUCGUGGUGGUAUGCAGAUUUUCGUCAAGACCCUCACGGGAAAGACCAUCACCCUAGAAGUCGAGUCGUCUGAUACCAUCGACAACGUCAAGUCGAAGAUCCAGGACAAGGAGGGAAUCCCCCCGGAUCAGCAGCGUCUCAUCUUCGCCGGAAAGCAGCUGGAGGAUGGCCGCACCCUGUCCGAUUACAACAUUCAGAAGGAGAGCACCCUUCACUUGGUCCUCCGUCUGCGUGGUGGUAUGCAGAUUUUCGUCAAGACCCUCACUGGUAAAACUAUCACCCUCGAGGUGGAGUCGUCCGACACCAUCGACAACGUCAAGUCGAAAAUCCAGGACAAGGAGGGCAUCCCCCCAGACCAGCAGCGCUUGAUCUUCGCCGGAAAGCAGCUCGAGGACGGUCGCACCCUUUCUGACUACAACAUUCAGAAGGAGUCGACUCUCCAUCUCGUCCUUCGUCUUCGUGGUGGUAUGCAGAUUUUUGUCAAGACUCUUACCGGCAAGACGAUCACCCUCGAGGUUGAGUCAUCGGACACCAUCGACAACGUCAAGUCGAAAAUCCAGGACAAGGAGGGCAUCCCCCCAGACCAGCAGCGCUUGAUCUUCGCCGGAAAGCAGCUCGAGGACGGUCGCACCCUUUCUGACUACAACAUUCAGAAGGAGUCGACUUUGCACCUUGUCCUGCGUCUCCGUGGUGGCCAGUAG